AUGGACUGGCACCGGGUAGUGGGGUCAUUAUUACAACUAGAUAUAAACACAUAUUUAGUCAAUUCACAAAAUGUGCAAAUAUGUGAGGUUAAGGAAUUGAACAAACAUGAUUCUCUUCAACUAUUGAGUUUGACUAUCUUCGGAGAAAAACAUCCUAAAAUUGGAUAUGAAGAUCUAUCAGAGAGUGUAAUUGCCUAUUGCAAAGGCAAUCCUCUGGCUAUAAAAGUUUUAGGUGCAAAUCCGAGUUCAAGAAGCAAGGAAGCAUGGGACAAUGAAUUGAAAAUGCUCCAAAAGAUUCCCAAUAGGAAAAUUUUUAAUGUGUUAAAAUUGAGUUAUGAUGACUUAGAUUGUUGUCAAAAGGCCAUAUUUCUAGAUAUCGCAUGCUUGUUGAGAGAAGAGCAUAAAGAUUUUGUAAAACAUGUAUUGGAAGCUUGUCGAUUCUUUGCAACAAUUGGGAUAGAAGUCCUUCUAGAUAAAGCUCUCAUAGAACUAAAACUUAUUUGGCAUGUAAAUCUGGAUGUUGAUACAAUAGAAAUGCAUGUUUUGUUACAAGAAAUGGGUCGGGAGAUUGUUAAUCAAGAAUCUAAAGACCCUGGGAAAAGAAGUAGAUUGUGGAGGGCUGAAGAAAUAUCUGAAUUAUUGAAAAACAACAAGUCUGAUUCCUUUAGAAGGAUGAAAAAUAUAAGAUAUCUUAAAAUCUAUAAUAUAUCUGAUGGGAGCACAUGCAAUGUGUACUUUCCCGAUGGUCUUGAGUGGAUUUCUGAUAAAUUGAGGUACCUUCGAUGGGAUGGAUACUGUCUUGAAUCUUUGCCAUCAACCUUUUGUGCUGAAAUGCUUGUAGAGAUUUGCAUGAGUCAUAGCCUAAAAACCAAUUUUCAUUCAAAAUCUCUCUUAGUUGAUGGUUGUUCAUCCCUCAUGGAAUUUUCGGUGACAUCAGAGGAAAUGACAGAGUUAUCCUUACAUGGCACUGCUAUACGUGAAUUAUCUUUAUCGAUUUGGCGUAAUUGCAAACUUACUUCUCUUGGUCUAACUGAGUGUAACAAGCUCAACACUGUUGGGAAGAAGUUAUCAGAUGAUCAUGGGCUUGGGUUUGUUACCGAACUAGACCUUUCAGGGUGCACAGAAAUCGAUGCAUUAAGUCUGUGGUCCAUCCUCGAUGGUAUAUAG